AUGAUCGGCCUUCUUGCCCCCCUUCUCAUUGGGGCUGCUUCCGCAACCUCUCUGAGCAAGGCUUGCACAAAGGAAUAUAUCAAGUCAAGCCUGCCGACGUCUGACGACAAAAUCCUCUCGAUCAGCAAUGGAUCUGGUGGCGCCGACAUGUCAGGUGGUGUGGCCUACGGAACUGUCACUGGUAUGACGGAUGGAGGCCUCCCUUACUGGGGAAGUACCGACUUUGACGACGUUGUUCUGCUUGGCAAUGGCACUGCAAACUGGCCAGCGAUCUACAACUUCGCCUACCAGGCUAUCGCUGAGAUGACUGAGAUUGGAAAGAUCUUCACCAAGAACUACUUCGGGCUCAGCGAAAGCACCAGCAAGAGAAGCAGCGACAAAGUCUACACUUACUACAUGGGUUGCUCUGAAGGUGGACGUGAGGGCAUGAGCCAGGUCCAAAAGGCUCCUGAGCUCUACGAUGGUAUCAUUGCUGGUGCCCCUGCCAUGCGAUAUGGACAGCAGCAAGUCAACCACAUCGCCUCGCCCAUCCAGAUUCGGACUAUUGGACACUACCCACCGUCGUGUGUGUUUGAUACCGUGAUAAACGCGACAAUCAAUGCUUCCGACAAGCUUGAUGGGAAGGUCGACGGAGUGAUCUCCCGCACUGACCUUUGCUUGCUGAAAUUUAACGUUUCCUCCAUGAUCGGUGAAUCCUACAGUUGUGCCGCAAGCACCACAACCAGCUUAGGCCUUGGCUAUGGAAAGAGAAAGAGAGCCGACAGCUCUACCACUCCCGCACAAAAUGGUACAAUCUCGGCAAACGAUAUUGAAGUCAUCCAAGAUCUACUCACUGGUCUGAAAGACUCAAACGGUGACAGAGUCUACCUGCCAUUCCAGCCCGGUGCUGGUUUUGGUGAUACCACUACCUACGACUCGGAUACUGAUUCGUGGACUAUUGAGUCGCCGAACUCAAACGGUGAAUGGGUCACCAAGUUCUUGAACUGGCAGAAUGUUAGCUCACUCGUCAUGACUGAUGUGACCAAUGACGACUUGAAGUCUUGGAUGAUCGAAGGCAUGAACAAUACGGCUGAGCGGACGGGAAGCCCUGUUCUCCACACCCUAUGGUCGUAUGUGCUUGACAUCGCGUUGAAGUAA